UUAAUCAGCCUGACUGCUGAAUUUCCGCCGUCCGCUAGCAUCACUUCAACAAGCUUCCUGACACUAGCGCUCAAGUGGGCCGAGUUUGACUAAUAUCAGGAAGCAGUGCAUCAUCCUUAUUAGAAAACGUGAACAGAGCAGCAUAGCGAGGAUGGCUGUCACCGAUGAACAAAUUAUCGAACGGCUGCGGGCGCUGCUUGCGGAAAGCGAUCUGCAAACGACAACCGAGAAGAUGCUGCGUAAGAAGCUUGAAGAGGAGUUUGAGAUGGACAUGCUAGAGAAAAAGCCCCUCAUACGACAGGAGAUCGAGCGGUACCUGGAGGAGCAAGGGGGUGAUGAGGAGAGCGAAGAGGAUGAGGAAGAAGAGGAAAUCAAGGGCAAGAAAAGGGUCGGCGGCUUGACGGCUGUGUGUUGGCUGUCAGAGCCGAUGCAGAAGUUCGUGGGGGAGGAGUCUAUGGCACGGACACAAGUUGUCAAGCGCCUAUGGGAUUACAUCAAGGCUAACAACCUACAGGACCCCAGCAACAAGCGCAACAUCCUGUUGGAUGACAAGCUGCGCACCAUCUUCACCCCGCCGCUCACCAUGUUCUCCAUGAGCAAGCAGCUCAGCAAGCACGUCAAGCGGUUAGAGUCCAACCCGGAGCCCCGCUCCGCCUCCAAGUCCGCAGCCGCUGAGAAGCGCGCCGCCAGCAGCGCCGACGCCAAGCCCCAAGCCAAGAAGAGCAGGGCGUCUGGGGCCGGCGAUGGCGAGGAGGGCGAGGCCAAGAAGCCGAACAACUUCACGAAGCCGGUGCGGUUGAGUGCGGAGGCGGCGGCAUGGUGCAAGCAGGAGAGCAUGCCGCGGCAUGAGCUGACCAAGUUCUUCUGGGAAUACGUGAAGGAGCGCGGCCUGCAGGAUCCCAAGGACAAGCGCUUCGUCUUGAGCGACGCGCAGCUCAAGAAGCUGACCGGGGAGGACCGCUUCAAUGGUUUCAGCUUUGCUAAGCUUAUGGCGAGCCACAUCUUGAAGGAUUAGAGCGUGUCUAGGCUAGGACUGGGCGGGUACAGGUAGUAUGGCCAUUUUGGGUCUCAGCGUUCAUAGGUAGCGUAAGCCGACGCCCUGUGUGCUGCAGCAGGUCCUCUCGCUACAGUACUGGCUUGUGAGAUUUCGUCGUAGCCUUCCUCCUAGCAAUGACAUAUGUAUGGAGUCUAUGGAGUCUAGCAGGUGCCACGUUAUAACGGCACCUGUAUGAACAGUAUGAACGGUAUGACGGUAUGAACGGCGGUAUGCAUGGCCGAAUAUCAGUUCUUCCUCUUGGCGAACAGAGUCUGCGUUCAGGAUAUGUGUUAUGCUUCAUGCAUGUGUGUAACAGCGGUGUGUGUAUCAAUGGGAGGUAUGGGGUGAGGCAUACGACUCGUGGCAGGGGCAGGCGUUUCCUCGGGGAGGAGCCAGGCCUAGCAGUAGGAUAGGGUAAGGGGUGUGAGGCCUUGGGAGCCCCAAUGUACGACGAUAACGUACUGCUAUGGUGUUAGUGCUUGGACAAGUUCGCGUGCUGUCCCAUUACCGUGCAUAACAGUAUAGGACUAAACGUUACAC